AAUAUAUAGUAUUCUUCUCGCAGUUAUUAACAAAAUAUGCCGCCAAGGCGAAACCGAAACCAUAACCUUAAAAUAUUUGUUUUUGUAUACAAACUAAAUAAGAAAUUUUAGAUUUAACAAUCAAAAUGAAUGAAGAAGCUAUUAUUGGUAAACCAGAGGGUUAUCUCGAUGAGAAUAGUUUGGACAAUCCCGAAAAACAAAAGAAUGAUUCCAAUUCCAAUACGCCUACUAUUCCUGAUCAGAAAACAAUUGAAAGCGAAAAAAAGUUAGAGCUUCCAGGAAAUUGUUACUGUGGCAAAGACAGGAAUUUGAAUCUUAUCGAGUUAUUAUGUGCAAACUGUAAUCGGUGGUACCAUGAAUCUUGUAUUGGCCAUCGGCUGGGAAAGUUAGUACCAUUUAUGGCUAAUUAUAUUUUUCUUUGCAAAAAUUGUUCUCCAACAGGGCUAGAAAGCUUCAAAAAGAGUCAAGCACAAACCCAGCAAAUGUGUGUGACAGCAGUGGCCAAUCUUCAACACAAUAGUUUUAGAGAAGGUACCAAUAGACUCUUAUUCAACAAAGAAAAAGAAAUUAUCCCAUACAUUGACCACCAUUGGGAGGCAUUGACGACAACUUCAAGAAGGGUCACACAAAGUUGGCAUCUAACAGUAACCAAGGCACUCAUCAAAGACAUCCACAUUCUCUUUCUUUUCGAAGACAGCGCUGCUGGGAACAUGUAUGGUUUGAUGAAUACAGAUUUAACUCAGAUUAAGCCUAAUUAUGAAGCUAUGAUUAAAGGCGGGAUGUUGAAGGUGACUGAUAUGGGCAUUCAGCACAUUUCACUAUCGGGCGGUGUUAAGUCUAGAAAUACGAAGCGGAAAUUUACGGGAGAUGUAGGGGCACAAGGCAAAAAAGGCCGUGGAGUCGACCUGGGAACUCCUAAGCUACCCGCCCAUGGUUAUCCUCUGGAUCAUCCCUUUAAUAAAGAUGGCUAUCGGUACCUACUGGCGGAACCUGAUCCACAUGCACCUUUCAGACAGGCAUUCGAUGAAAGCUCGGAUUGGGCUGGAAAACCCAUUCCAGGAUGGUUGUAUCGAACUUCAAUAGCCAACACAGUACUGUUGGCUCUACACGAUAGAGCUCCCCAGUUAAAAAUAUCGGAAGAUCGCGUAGCAGUAACAGGAGAGAAAGGAUAUUCUACAGUAAGGGCCACUCACUUUGUGACACAAGGUGUCUGGUACUGGGAAGCAACUAUCGAGGAAAUGCCCGAAGGAUCGGCUACGCGGAUGGGCUGGGGACAGGAUUAUGCCAAUUUGCAAGCUCCCGUAGGAUACGACACGUUCGGAUAUUCAUGGAGAUCACUGAAAGGAACACGUUUCCAUGAAGCUCUUGGAAAAUCGUAUAGUUCGGGCUAUGGAGAAGGUGACACUUUAGGAUUUAUGAUUGUUUUACCUGUGAAUAGUACUACUAAAUUAAUUCCAAAUACAUACAAGGAUCGUCCUUUGGUAAAAUUCAAAAGCCAUUUAUACUACGAAGACAAAGAUAACGUCCAAGAGCGAUUAAAAUCUCUCGUACCUUUGCCGAAAAGCCAAAUUAUCUUCUUCAAGAACGGAGAAAGCCAAGGCGUUGCCUUCCAGGACAUACACCAGGGUUCUUAUUAUCCAACUCUUUCUCUAUAUAAGAAUAUAACUGUUUCCGUUAAUUUUGGACCCAAUUUCAAGUAUCCUCCUCCGUUGGAACGAUAUAAUUAUAAACCGGUGUCAGAUCGAGGAGAAGAAGCUAUAAGUGACCAAGCGUUAGCCGAUCUUGUAUAUUUAAUAGAAAAUGAGGGAAAACUAAGACUAGACAGUUUUGUGCUGUGAUAGACCUUUUUUCUAAUUGAUGGAGUUGUACAAACUAAAAACAAAUAUUUUAUAUACUUAAUAAAAUGUCUGAACGAAAUUUCAAGGUGCACUAAACGCAAAACAAUGCUCAUUGCACGUUAGAUGGUGAUGUAGAGAACUUUUUAUAUAAACAUUGCGAGAGCAGUAGAUUUAGAAGUACCACCCUAAUAACACCAAACAUUCCAUGUAUGCUCCUAGACACAGGACAUUGAAAACAUUCCUGGAAUAUCCUCAGAAGCACAAGAACGUCCCCUAAAUGUCCCAGGAAAGUCCUGUGUCAGCAUUUUAAACAUUCCUUGAAUGUCUUGUUGGAGCAUUCCAUUAUUUGGACAUACACAGUAUAUUUUUUAGACAGUGGAUAUAGUGGAUAUUUUUAGACCUGGAUAUAGUCGCUGAUGUGAAUAAUACCGCCGAUUUGAUUUUUAAUGAGUUUUGUAAGAGAGACUAAAACUUUUUUUACAGUCACCUCCUGUUUUCAUAUACUUUUUGACAUGUUUUGUAGUAAAUUCAACUAUCUAUUAACUACAAAACAUGUCAAAAUUUACAUGUGAAAACAGGAGAUGACCCUAAAAAUGGUUUGUCGUCUCCUACAAAAUUCAUGAAAAAGCAGAUAGGAGGUAUUGUUACAUCACGACGAUAUACCAGAAGUAUAUGUGGCCAUACCAAACAAUACAUACUUGAUAAAUAUAAACAUUUUUAUUGCACCAAAUCUUGUCAUAUAUUUUUUCCAUAAUCAUCACUACGAUGAUGAUUCAUUGUAUUGAAUUGUACAUUACAACUACAAUCUGGUCAUAACUGACCAAUGAGCAAUUUUAAUUUAACCUAAAUUACUACCGUUCCUUAAAAUGAAGAGCUUACCCCAUAGCGUCUCUUAUCUAAUCUAACAAGAUCGUGCACUAUUUUAACAUACACAGGCACACAAGCACUAUGCUCUGCUUUUCACUAUCACCUAUCAACUAGUUCAAAAGGCUUUGUCCUCCUCAAUAUUCUAGUUUGCCCAGUAGUAUCGAGGAGCUGGAUUUCCUCAAUAUUCUCGUACUUAUGAAGUUGUUGCUCGUGACUUCCUGCCAUCUUCUUGAUGAUUAUAUCCAGGUUCCAUUUCUAGGUCCUUAUGGAGAUCACUGUGUGUCACAUACCAAGGAGCAUCUACAAUAUUUCUCAAUAUUUUGUUUUGGAAUCUUUGUAUAAUUUUUAUAUUACUUGCUCUAGUAAGUACACCCCCAUAGUGGGCAUCCAUAAGUCCAUACAGGUCUUAAUAUUUUUUUAUAAAGUAAUAACUUAUUAUGCAUCGACAAUGUGGAGUUUCUUCCAAUUAGCCAAUACAGUUUUUACAAAUAUUUCUUUUGCCUCUCAUAACCACAAGGCUAUACGUUUCCUUCCUGGUUUUUUUGUAGACCACUUUCAGCUGAUUCUAAAAAAAAUUAAAAUGGAUGGUAAUUUUUCUAUUCUUUACAAUUAAACAUCAAAAGAAAUAGGUACCUACUAUUUGUAGGUAAUAAUAUGCAUAAAAAAUUCGUUUCAUAAAGAAUAAAAAAAUUGAAAACGGAUUUGAUAAUACUUACAUAAUUGUUUAAACAAAAGAGAUCCAGCCAGAGCAAAACUAACACAAAGAACAGCAAAAAGAGCCACUAUAUAAUUCUAAUUUCCAUUUUCCAUCUACUUACAUAGAACACGCGCGGCAAAUUUGAAAAGGAACGCAAAUUGAAUAGUAAAUGGCCUCACUUAAAAUAUAGGACAUUGGUAGUAUGUUCAUAGAAUGUCUUGUGGUAACAUUCCACCAAUAAUUUAAUCAGAUGUUCACCGAAUGUUUUUUGAAUGUCCAGGACAUUCAAACAUUAACAGAACUUUGAUAGUACGUUCCUGGAAUGUUUUGUGUUGUUAGGGCAAGUCUUUGAAAAGCUGAAAAUACUGCAGGACUGUAAUUAUACAAUGCGUCCAUAAAGUAACGCAUAAAUUCAUUAUUAGCUAAAUAAACAACAUUAUUAGAAAUUCCCGAAACAGGUCGAUUUUUAUUUUUAAAUUACGAUUUUUUAGCAUUUGAUCAUUGAAUAUAAUAUUAUGACCUGUAAUGAUAAUUGUUUUGCCUUUAUAUUACUAUUUGUUAAUUCUGUCUCUUUUGUUUUAUAAAUAAAACAUUAAAAACUAA